CCCAAAACCGCGUCGAUUUCUUCUUCCCCGCUUGAUUCUAUGCUGCUCUUCAAUUCUUCCAUUUUCUGAUUGAUAUGAUAUGAUAUGAUAUGAUAUGAUCUGAUCUGAUCUGAGGAAAUUUAGGGUUUCUGAAAUGCGGUUUUCGAAUCCAGAAUUCUGAAUCCUGUUCUAGGUCGAUUUUGUUUUUGGUGAGUUUUGGAGGAAAAAAUGGGUAAAAUGAUGAACAGUUCGAGUAGAGAUUGGACUCAGAUCUAUGCGAUCUAUGGAGUGGAUCAAUGGCAGACUAUAAUGUUUCUUCUUCUUCAUGCUGUUUUCUUCACUGCUCUUUCCAUUUUUUACCUUUCUUACUUCGAAUCCAUCUGUUCUUUCUUCGAGUUUCUCUUCUCUGGCGGUUCCGCUCGUUUCGCCGCCGGAUUCACCGGCUGCGUCACCGCUAUCUCCGCCUUCUGCCUCUUCUUCGCCGCCGCUAACAUGAUAUACUCCUCUCUCCCUCUCCACUACGAAAUGGCACUCCGGAUGGUGAACGCUGUUGCCGAUUGGUCAACCGUGAAGCACGCCCUCGACCUCGGCUGCGGCCGCGGCAUUCUCCUCAACGCCGUUGCGACUCAACUAAAAAAGGAGGGGAGUUCGGGUCGGGUCGUGGGUUUGGACCGAAGCAAACGGACGACACUCUCGACCCUCCGAACGGCGAAGAUGGAGGGCGUCGGGGAGUACGUCACGUGCCGAGAGGGUGAUGCGAGGCGGCUGCCGUUCGGGGACAACUACUUCGACGUGGUGGUUUCCGGUGUGUUCGUGCACACAGUCGGGAAGGAGCACGGGCCGCGCACGGCGGAGGCGGCGGCAGAGCGGAUGCGAGUUGUCGGAGAAUUGGUGAGGGUGUUGAAGCCAGGUGGGACCGGGGUGGUGUGGGACCUACUGCACGUUCCGGAGUACGUGCGGAGGUUGCAAGAAUUGAAGAUGGAAGAUAUAAGCGUCUCAGAGGGUGUAACGGCGUUUAUGGUCAGCAGCCACAUUGUAUCAUUUACCAAGCCACGUCAUCACUUUGUGGGGUCCGGAGAGGUCCGACUGGACUGGAGAUGCUGAUGUGGCAGUGACUUGUUGCCCUCGUCAGCUUUUGUUAAUUAGAGUUUUAAUUAUAAAAAAAAAUAAUGAAAUAGGAUGCAGUAAUUUGGGUAGGCGAAGCAGACCCAGAUGGUUCAAUGAAUAUAUACAUAUAUGUGUAUAUAUAUACAUUGAAAUAAAAUUUAAUUAUAUGAUUUUUUAUU